AUGGUUUUAACCGGCAGAGGCGGUUUUGGCAACUACGUCAAGGCCAACAUCCCUGAAACAGUGCCCAUCAGCCCGGCGCCCAUCCAGCACGUCAAGUCUCCGACCUACAAAUUCCGCACCGGUCGCGGUGGCUUUGGCAAUACUAUCGAAGCCAGCGAGCUCGAGCCCAUCACACCUAACCAGUAUCUCGAUGAAAUGCACCGCCAAUCAGAAAUCGAGCCCCGCAAAUACAUGAUUGGUCGCGGCGGGCUUGGCAAUUUCGUCAACCGCAACGGCAUGUCCGCCGCGGCCACCCGGUCGGACCUGUCCAGUACUUUUUCCUCGGGAAGCGAGGGUAGCGACGAUCUGGUAUCCCCAGUAACUUCUUCGCCCUUGGACAUGUUCCGCCCCGUGCGAAGCAAGAUGUGGGACCGUAUGGUGCGUCCCAGCAAAACCCGCUAA